ACAAAAGUGAAUUGCUAACAGGUUAAAGUAGAGACUGUUGUAAAGUCAUUGUGAUGCAUAAAUGUUCUAUUCUAGAAUCACACAGUGAUAUUUCUAUGUGAGGCUGCUCAGAGAUUUAUCUUUAACCCAGCAAACCAGAGGCAAAGUGGCAUCCAAAAACUGAGAAAACUUCUCCUAUUUCCAAAAAGCAAAGAUGAGUGAACAAAAACAGUCUUCGUGCGACUGUUACAACAACUUUCUGAGUGGAGAAUUUUGUGAUGCAGUCAUUAAGGUGGAGGAUGCAGAAUUUAAAAUCCACAAGGUCAUCCUGUGUAACUGUACACCAUACUUCAGAGCUCUCUUCUCACGCUGGUCAGGCCCAAAUCAGAAGGUCUACAACAUACCUGGCCUGUCCCCUGCCAUGAUGCAGCUCAUCAUCGAGUUUGCGUACACCAACUCAGUUUCUGUGACGGAGGACAACGUCCAGGAGCUUCUGCUGGCGGCUGAUCAGCUCAACGUGAUGGGCGUCGUACAAGCCUGCAGCGACUUCAUCGGGGAGCAGCUCUGCCCAGAGAACUGCGUCAAUAUCUGGCAUUUCACGAAAAUCUGCAUCUCCCCCAAGCUGCAGCAAAAGGCCUACCGCCACAUCAUUGAUCACUUUGAGGACGUUGUUACCUGUGAUGAGUUCCUGGAGGUCUCUGUGGAGGAAUUCGUUGACAUCCUCGACAGAGACGACCUCAGUGUGAGAGAGGAGAGCACUGUGUACGACGCUGUGAUGAGAUGGAUCAGUCACGCAGCUGAAGAACGACAAAGACACAUUGCUGCUCUCUUGCUGAAGGUCCGUCUGGCUCUGAUGAGUGAAGAUUACAUCGCAAACCAUUUGCAGUCCAAUGAGCUGCUGAAGAACAACGAAGACUGCCAGACCUUGAUCAGUACUGCCAAAAGACUCCAACAUCACCUGGUCACGUCCAGGCCCUCCCCGUAUGGCCUCUCCAACCGCCUCGCCUGUCCCCGCCUGCCUAACGCCAUCUUACUGGCCACCGGCGGCUGGAGCGGUGGUGAUCCGACUAACAGCAUCGAGGCGUACGACUUCAAGGCCAACAACUGGAUAGACAUUACAAACUACCAGGAACAUCCUCGAGCCUACCACGGCACCGCCUUUCUCAACGGGUAUGUCUACUGCAUUGGAGGCUUCGACAGGGUGGAGCACUUCAACAGCGUGCGCAGGUUGGACCUGACAACACGGACCUGGCAAGAGGUGGCGCCCAUGCACUGUCGCCGCUGCUACGUGAGUGUGACGGUGCUGAAUGGGUGCAUCUACGCCAUGGGAGGCUACGAUGGACAAGUACGACUCAACUCUGCAGAGCGCUACCAACCCCAAACCAACCAGUGGACCUUUAUUGCACCCAUGUUUGAGCAGAGGAGCGAUGCCAGCUGCGCAACGCUCGAUGGAAAGGUUUACAUUUGUGGAGGAUUCAAUGGGAACGAGUGCCUGCAGACAGCAGAGUAUUACAUCCCAGAGGUCAAUCAAUGGACGCUGAUCUCUCCCAUGACCGUCCGGCGCAGCGGAGUGGGUGUCAUUGCGUAUGCAGAUCAUGUCUUUGCAGUUGGAGGCUUUGAUGGCAGCAACCGUCUGUGCACCGCUGAGGCCUACAACCCGCUGGUCAACACCUGGACCCAGGUGUCCUCCAUGGUAACCCCACGCAGCAACUUUGGCAUCGAGGUCCUCAAUAGUCGCCUCUUUGUUGUCGGGGGCUUCAACGGCUUCACCACCACCUACAAUGUCGAGUACUACGACAUCACAACGAACGAGUGGACCGAGGCCCAUGACAUGGACAUCUUCCGCAGCGCCCUGAGCUGCUGCGUGAUUUACGGACUCCCCAACAUGGCCGAAUAUGCCGCCUCACGUGACCUCCUGCCACUUGCACUCCUGGAGGAAGAAGAGAGGGAGUCUUCUGACUCAGAUUAAGUCUCAUGCUGCUUUUAGCACAGUCCUGCCAUGUGCCACCUUCCAACACUGGCAAGAUUGUGAGACAUAAAGAAAUUAAAUAUCUUGCAUUUAACUGCUGUUGAACUGAGCAUUUUUACAGAUAUUUCUAGAAAUUGCCAACUAAACUUUCAAGUUUUAUCUUAUGUGAGUGGUGUCCAACCUGCAAACACAUGCUAGUGCAACAAUCACCACUUUAAAAGAUUAAAAAUUCAACAAGGAACGUUGGCUAUUUCUGUUCUCAAAGACAAACUGGUCAUUAAUCUGAUGGUCAGUUGAGACCAUUACAGUUUUCUCAUCAUACCACACACAUGGGAAGUUUUCAUUUUUGUUCCCUCUUACUGGCUGACAGACAAAACGAGACUGUAGUAAAGGAAGAAAAAGAGACACUAGCAAGACAGAGAGAAUGAUGGAAACAUGUUCAAGGGAAAAAAAUGGCAGCCAGAGAUUCAGUCUCAGCAUAAGUUAGUGCUGUUACAUGACUUUCUGGCUGAUGUCAAGGACUGGAUGUUCCACAAUCUCCUCCAACUAUAUUUGGACAAAACUGGGAUUAUUCAGGGGGAAGAAAAGCUUGAAUGACUUCAGUCUGUCCUUCUCUGUUUUGCCGCAUGCACUUCCCUCUCUCUCGGCCUCUCGCUCUGUCUCUCUCCUAAUCUUUCUCUUCCUCCCUUUCCCUCCUCUGCUCUCCCUCUUUUUGUCUUCCUCUUUAUCUCACAGACAAAGCAUUGGUUGCUCGCUUUUUUUUUUUUUUGGUCAGAGUCACCUUGAGGCAAAGAGUGCAGAGUUUGUCUGUGUGUUUGAGUGCAUCUGCAUAGGAAUAUAAAGAGUGAGAGUACAUACAGGACAUUUCUGAUCAUUUAUAUUUAUGUAGACACAUACUGGAGGGAUAAACAAUGUUCCUGUUUGCACAAAGCACGACUGGACUCUGAAAGUAGUUUCUUCCAGUGGCUUCAUCUGAGAAAACCAAAGAGUUGCACGUGUUUAUCGGGUACAAAGCAGACUUUUCAUUGACAACGUUGUUUGAGUGACUGGGAAUUUCAACUUGUGAGAACUGAAUAAUGAGCAAAUCAUUUAUAAAGAUAUACACUGUGUUUUAUAAUGAGCCUUAAAUGGUUUUGUUUUUACUAUAUUUCGAACUGAAAACAUCUGAACACAUAAAGGCAACACAGUCCAGAAAUUGCCAUUGUCGUCUCACCAUGAAUCAGCAGAAUCCACACUGAUGAGCAAAGCAGAAGGACGGCUCACAGAAAUCUCCCUUCAAAGUCAUAUUAAUUUAUACUCUGUACUGUUAUUUAGUACUUAAUCACUAAAUAAUCGCACUUUUAACUUUAAACUAAUGUUGGAGGUUACAGUUAGAAAACAAAAGCAGAGUGUAGUUUCAGUUAAUAGAAAGGCAAAUAUUAAUAGCAGACCUGAGAUAGGCCAUAAAUUGAUUGACUAAUUCAG